AUGAUUGUAUUGAGUGGGGCUCUCUCCACCUUCUCCCUGGCCACGCGCCUCGAACGUGACCUCUCCUCGCUCCAUGCCGUCGUCKUGGCGAUGCAGGARGACGAGAACUCRGCCUCUCGCGAUCUKCAGACAGUCAACYCCCGCUUCRUGAACGUGACUGAGACGUGGCAGACGGGCCUGGCCUCGGUGACCUCRGACCUGGSCUCUCUGAAGACYGAGUCACGUGAGGCGCACGCCGGCGCCACGGACCGGGUGAACGAGGCCGAGCAGAGGGCCCGGGCGCUGGACGAGAGGCUGGAGGAGCUGGAGGACAGCACCCGGCGGAACACACGCGCCAUGGGCCGCACCGAGGACGAGGAUGCCAAGCGGGCCCAGGACCAGCUGGACUGGAACACCAAGCAGCUCCACAAACUGGAGGACCAAGUUCGGAGCCUGCUCCGAGUAGAUACCGAGUUAGUCGCCCAGCUAGAGGAGCACAUCCCCCGGGCCCAGCAGUGCGAGGCACACCUCCCGGAUGUGGAGGAGGCAGUGCGAUCCAUUCUGAGGCUGGGGGGGGACCUGGGGGCGGCGGAGCGAAGGCUAGAGGAGCUCACCCUGCAGGUGUUUGGGACGGAGGACAGCAUGCUUAAAGCCCUGACGGAGAUCCUGGACAUCAAGCAGGCUCUGGACGCCCUCCAGGCCCACAACAGCAUCCUCAAGAUGAGGAAUGAGUUGGCCGUUGUCAAGGAGACGCUGGGACAGCUCAGCAGGGGGGAGGAGCAACAGGACAACCAGGAUAAUUCUGGGACUCCGGAUAGGGAAGGGGAGAGGGAGGGGUGAAAGGUCAAGGACCCAGAGUAGGAUGAGCCACCCCAGCCGGUGCAUAAUGAUGACCUCAGUGUGUGAUGUCAAUUUUAAACCAUGGGAAGGAGUGGUCCUGUUAUUCCAUUUGUUUUAAAACUGCUGUUAAAUCCUCACAUAGUUAAACCAUUGCUACGUUUUGUGAUUUGUGCAUUUUAACUUGCUAUUGCUAAAGUUUAGCGAUACGUUUCAUCAAUAGGUUUUAAGUUCUUGUCUCACAAACAUACUACUAUCUCAUAUGGGCACCAAUCAAUGUUAUCUGCACUGGCUGCUGAAAGUCAGCAACUGAAUGUAGCGUUUGCACCCAAACACUGCUCCUGUAAUCUGUAAAGAAUAUUAUUGUUGCCUUGUAAGUGUCUGAAAGGAGAACAAUUGUGACCGGUACUCCAAUAUCAUCAGGUACUCAAAUGUUGAGUUUGUAU